AUGAUAUCACUAUUUUCAAAUGGGAUCCAUAUCAAUGGGAAAAAGUUUUUAUUUUCUAUUGGCCAAAUAAUAUGCGAUGCCCCCGCCAAAGCCUUUUUAUUAAAUGUAAAGCAAUUCAACGCUUAUCAUAGUUGUAAUUCUUGCAUUGAAGAGGGAACUUAUAGCAAUAAGAGAGUAUGUUUUUUGGGUAUAAAUGCACCAUUAAGAACCAAUAAGUCUUUUCGUCUUAAGAGUGAUGAACAUUAUCAUAAAGGUCUUUGCCCGUUUGAAGAAUUACCCAUUGACAUUACUUCAGUUGUGGUUUUAGAAUAUAUGCACAAUGUUUGUCUUGGGAUUAUGAAAAGGCUUUUACAAUUCUGGAAAAAUGGUCAAAAACCUGUUAGAUUUUUAAAUAAAGAUUGUGAACAACAAAUUUCAAAUGAACUAGUUAACUUACACCCACAUUUACCAUCUGAAUUUAAUCGUUUGACUAGAUCUAUAGAUGAACUUGAAUAUUGGAAGGCAACUGAGUAUCGUACAUUUUUAUUAUAUACAGGUCAUAUUCUGUUAAAAGGCCGUAUAAAAUCUUCGCUUUAUCAACAUUUUUUACUUCUACAUAGUGCAAUUAAAAUAUUAAUCUCUAAUGAAACUUGUUUUUCCUUAAAUGACCUGGCCAAUAAUUUUUUAAAACAAUUUGUUCAAGAUUACCCUAAUUUAUAUGGAGAGGAAUAUGUAACAUAUAACGUUCACGGACUAAUACAUAUAUCCAAUUUUGUAAAAAUACACGGUCCACUUGACCAAUUUAGUGCGUUUAAGUUUGAAAAUUAUUUGCAAAUAAUUAAGAAA